AUGCUUACACGGGCCAAAAGCAGUUGCAUAAGGCUUCUAAGCAAUCCUAAACCUUCACAGGCUGCUCUCAGGGGAGCUUUUAACGUCCAAAGAAUAAGAAGGUAUUACAAAUUUGACUUACCAGCCAGCCGUUUAUACUCAACCAAGAAGCAGAUCAGCGACCUAUCUAAAAGCACUGACUUUCUCCAUACUCAGAAUAUUCUACUUCAAAAGAACCAAGAGCGUCUAACAAAGCAGAAACUUCUUUCAGAAGCAACAAAUUUCUAUGAGAGAUUCAAGAUUAAUACAAAAUGGGUGCUAAUCCGCGGUAACCGGCCAUUCAGUACGGACGAAAUCGGAACGCUGUUUUCUUGGCUAAUUUUGUCACAGAUAAUGUGGGUGGUGCUUGGAACGACGACGUUCGUGUCGCUUGUGUUAUUCACUUUCAAUACCGUAUUCGCCAAAGAGAUGGUCGGCAAAUUUGUAGGCAAUUCGUUGAAUAGAUACAUCGAAGAUUGCGAUAUUCAAUUUCAAGAUGCCCUGGUACCUGAAUGGAAGAAGGGUUGCAUAAGUUUUAACAAAGUCGAACUGAAAACUACACCGGGUCUCAAAGCAGAUCAUCAACUUGAUUUCUCGUUAACUUUCAAUCAGAUAGACAUUACAUUAUCCUUGAGAAAGUGGCUAAGUGGCCGGGGUCUCAUUGAGGACAUGAGCAUUUAUGGUAUGAAAGGUGAUGUCGAAAUAAAAAAUAUUAAUGAUAAGAAGCCUCUUGUUCAGUGGUUUUCAAAUCGGAACUAUCACCUUGGCCGAGUGAAAGUGAAAGACAGCCGCAUUACCAUUCACGAUAAAGCACUUUCCCAAGAUUAUCGCAUGUCCAUAUACAAUAUGGACUUCCCACAACUGAGAUUCAAAUGGAUGCUCAUAGACUUUUUCAACGCCAACGUUGUAUCAGGCGCCGUAAAUCAUUCUUUGUUCAGCAUUCACAAGAGACAGCAAAAGCUGGCUUAUUUACACGACUUCGAACAUGAUAUAUCCCCUUGGCAACGCAUCACAAGGUUGCGUUUGGAUAACAUUUCGGUUAAAGAUCUAGGCAUUGACAAGAGUGCAUCUUUCAACUGGAUUGACGAUGGCCAAGUAGAGAUUAUCGCAGACCUGAUGAUUCCUCACAUCCCAGAGAAUAUAGAAGAAGAGGCAGAGGAGGAGAACAAGUAUUUGGUAAUGGAUCUCAAGUUUAAGUUCAAAGACUUGAAAGCCCGCUUUCCUGCGAGCGAACCCAGAUUAUCAAAUGGGGAUACAAUCGUCACACUUGAAGAAUUAAAACCUUUAGUAACAUUUGUCAACACUCAAAGAGGUAUUUUCCACUCGCUGAUGGAUAUCCAAAAUACCAACUCUGUUUGGAACAAUAUUUCAAAUGUUUCCAUCAAGAAGAAUAAGUCUUAUCCAGACACUACAGUCAUUCCAUCUAACAUCAAAUGGUCAGACUAUGAAGAUAAUAACCAAAUAAGCAAGGAAAUCAUUAUGUAUCAUGAUAAACCUGCGCACCAUAACAACGAAAUCGUUCUCCGCUCACGCAUUGUAAAAAAUAUGGAGGAUCUGCAAGGUCUCAUACUUUUUAGAGAAACAGGAGUUUACGAUAUUUUGAGCAUGGAAUUAUACGUCGAUUUAAUGAAGAUGGUGGAAGAGUGGGAGCAUAGAAAGAAAAAUGAUUGGAUGAAAGUCUGGGGGACAACUUUUGCAUCCCAGAUAAUGAUUUUGGGUCUUGGAGCCAUGGUAUGA